AUGGUCCUCAGUCAUUGCAUUUUGAUUUUUGAAGACUAUUUCAAAUAAUAUAUGAUUGAUUAAUGCAACCUAAGACUCCAGCAUCAUACUAAUCACCUGCUACAUUUCACUAAUUCGCAGCCAGCUAAGGUUUUGAUCAAUGAAUUAAGCUGGCUAAUUACUAGAAUCUUUAACAUCACUGCUAAUUCAAAAGUAAUUAUAGUGGGAGAUAUCAAUUUCCACAUUAAAAAACUGCAUGCAAUAAUCAAAAUUGAUAGUAAUUAAUGUAUCAGAUCAUGCUGUACUGCUAUGCAACUUUAAACCUACGAAGAGAUUACACUGAUGUUUGGUUUUCAAAUAUAGAAAAAGAAUAAACAGGGAUAAUUUAAGCAAUUUUAUCAACUUAUCAAGAAACCUGCCCCUUUAAAGAAACCUGGAAAACUAAUAAAAGCUCUCUCAAAGGGUACUAUACAAGUAACAAAAAGAAAGAUGUAGAACAUGAAGGGAAAAGGUUUUAUGAAGUUCUUUAUGCUGGCGAUUUAAACCAAGGUAAUUUGA